AUGGCCUCUGAAGAAAGUGACUUAGAUUCUGUGGUCACAGCUCAUAGUGAUGCUGCCUCAAGGGAUCAUUCUGGAUUUUUUGAAGUUGAUAGUCUGUUUUCAAAUUUUGAAAAUUCUAUCUAUUCACCUGAUGAAGUUGACAGCAUUAAUACGCCAACAAAACAUCGGCAUCAACGAUACAAGGUUUAUAUUCGACACAACGAUUCAGUGGAUCAUUAUGAUGAGAAGGAACAAAGCCCUGAACCAAAUGUCAUAGAAAUUACCCACGAGUUGCAACAUAUCAGUUCAAAGCUGAAGGAUGAAAAUAAAUGGUUGAAUCAAAGACAAAAAGAUGUAAAAAAAAGAGAACAAAUUCUUUCAGUUGCCCAGAAGAAUUUCCAGACAAUUGUGGAUUUGGAAGUGAAAAGAAAGUUGGAUGUUAUUGAGAAGAGUUAUAAGGAAGACCUGGAGAAAUUACACUCUCAGCUGAAGGAAAAAAUGAAAGAUUACAAACGCUUGAAAGAAAACUUUGACACACUGAAAGCAGCCAAUGAUUCGUUAAGGUUAGAGGUGGAAACACUUACCAAAGAUCAAGUGAAAUCUGAAAAACAAAUCUCAAGUUUACAAGCACGUCUGACCAACCUGCAGCGUUUGCAAGAACAGAAUCAACGCCAACCACUGGUUCUUACCAGCUUGGCACCAAAGACAGUCUGCAACACAAGCUCAAAAAGCAGCACAAAAAACUUGAAAGAAUUUGGAGAAAAACAAGCCAAAAAAACAGCCACGAUGUCAAAAGCAAUUUUUUGUGUUUUUUUCUUUCUUUUUUCCUUUUUCUUUCUUUUCCUUUCUUUCUUUUUCCUUUCUUUUUUCCUUUCUUUUUCCUUUCUUUCCUUUUCCUUUCACUCUUUUUAUUUCUUUUUUCUUCCUUUCUUUUUCCUUUCUUUUCUUUUUCCUUUUUCCUUUCUUUCUUUUUCCUUUCUUUCUUUUCUCUCCUUUCUUUUUUUAUUUCUUUUCUCCUUUCUUUUUUUCCUUUGUUUUCUUCCUCCUUUUUUUGCUUUGCAUUGCAUGUAUGAAUUACUUCCGACACUUUUGGAUUGGGUGGUGGAUAUGCAGUUGGCCUCUCCCAUGAAUGAAGUCACUUCAUCCAGCAAAACUGCUUAUAGGUUAUGGCAAACAAGCAGUGCUUCAGUGGACAACAUGGAAAAAUCAGACCCACUUCAGGAACGUUGCAUGAAGAUAAUUCCAACUCUGGUUGACUUACUUAGACAUUUUCCCUUCCAUGCUGGUCAAAUUUCACUCCCUUGCCUCCAGUUUAUCCACUGGGCCAUCAAAUACCUUGAGGAACACAAUAGCCAAUCGAAAAGUGGUUUGGUAACCACCCUUCGUAGACUUGGUGAGGAGCUUUACCGUCCUCGGUGGGGAGUUGUCGUACCUGUUCCUUCAAAGAAUAACGAUGAGGAUGAUGACUCUUUGGAUAAGAGACAAAUCAACUUAGAAGCACCUUCAAACUCUUUGUCCACUGAUGAUAAAAAUAAGGAAGCACUGUACUUGAAGAGUCCUGACCUUCACAUUCGACUCCUUUCAUGUUUUAUCAUCCUACGGACCAUGACACAAGUCAACCUUCUUGCCAAUGUUCUGGAUGAGCUAAAAACUGAACUCCAAUAUGACAGUGCCAAACAAUUGUUUCUUUAUUACCAAGCAACACCAAUCAUUCUGCAAUAUCUGAAACCAGUCCACAAGGCUCUGGUUAGCAAUUCUAUCAAUGUCUUUCUGCCGCUGAGCAUGGAAUCUCCAUAUCUCCAGCCAUUUCUGGUCAGCUGUAGUAACGAGGCCUGGUUCCGCACUGUUGCACUUGUCUUGCGUACCACCAGCUUGGACAACAAAGUCUUCGAGAAACUCAGCAUUAUUCUUCAAAAGUUAUCUAAGAUCAAGAGCAACAAGAAACUUUUUGAUAUCUAUUCCAUCACAAACCUUAUCCAAGACCUGAGUCAUUCUAUGAACACAAGUGGCAGUCAUGAUCAUUCAUUUCUGGACCUGAAUUUGCGAUCUAUUCUUUGCAAUCUGUGCAUCUCAACAUCCAAAAUUGAUCACAGCUGA